CGACGUGUGAACACGUAUCAUGGUCACGGCAUAGCGAUAACAUCGUUACUAGAGAAUGUUUGCUGUGUAUAUAAGUGCAGAGAAACGGCGGAGCACGACAGAACGUUAGUAGCGCUAGGUGCAAUAUUGCCGAUCGCCAAUCGCCGGUGCACGCGAAACGAGGCAUUUGUGCGAUAUCCGUUUGUGCGCGACGUGAUCCAACGCGAUCCUUCCUAGGACCGGGCCUCUACGCACUUGCAGCUACGCGACUCCACUUUCCCGUCUACGCUCGUCUGACCGACCGGCGAAGGUCCGAACAGGAACAUUGAAAGAAAAUGGCUUGGAAAGUCUACCCCGUCGUGCUGAUCGUUGCAUUGUUGGCCAGAGCUCGUCUGGGAGCGAGUGCCCCGGGUUGGGAGAGCGAUUUGAACGAGAGUAUCGGCGCUCUGACUCACAAUAUUAACCAGCAAGUGGCACAGCUAACCAGAAAUUUGAAUUCGCAAAUAGAGGAUACGUUGCGAUCUACGCGAGAGCAAGUUCAAAGGACAAUUGAUAAUCUACCGAGAGAUGCACAAGGAAAUAUAAUAACAACAAGUGGUAACAGCGUCAUAAGCUUGAGCUCCGGACCCGGUGAAUCAAAAACGAUCAUAUCCGGUCAUACAGCAAACGGAGAACCGUACGUGCGUUCUACCGAUGAACGAACUGAUGGGACACACCUUUUUCACAACGAAGUUACUUUCUAUCCGAGAACUAAUACCAGUGAGAAGAUAAACUGGAAGCUGGACCUUCGAACUCCAGACGCCAAGCCAGAAAUCAUCACAGACGAAAACUAACACGAUAUUCUGUAAUAAUUUUUAUGCCCCAUAUUACGGCACAUAGUUUGUAUUACUUGAACCUUACAUAAAGGAAUUGAGCUGAGCUCAUAACUGGUUGGAAAAGAAAAUGUAGUCACAGCUACGAAGCUUUCGCUAACAAAAUAAAUAACGAGAGAAAUGAUACGAUAAACGCA